AUGGUGAUUCCCUCCUGCAGCAGCACCAGUUGCCGUCAAUGCUUGGAUGUUGCUUGGACAUUGCCUUAUCUGCAAUUGCAUCGUAUCUCCUCCAGAGCUAGCACUAGUUGCUCUGAUCUUGCUUUAGAUGGAUAUCUGCAGUCGCAUCACAUCUCCUCCAGCACUGGCACUAGUUGCUUUGAUCUUGCUUUAGAUUUUUUCGCCAAGCUUGAGAAGUGCGAGUUUUACUGCAAAGUAUUCGUCAAGUACCUGAAAAAGCAGGUGAGAUUAUUGAAAACCAUUUUUCUGUAUGUCAAAAAGUGCAGGAGGAGGGGGAACCAGAAAGCACUUUUGGAGCAUGAUCAGAAGGAUAAGGGUAAUAUUACAUCUGAAAGUUUGAGAUGUAAAGUUAUUUGCUUCAGCAUUCAAGAUGUGGUUGUCAGGAUGUUUCUUGAUCUUUAUUUUGCUUAUCUUCUAUACAAAAAUACUGAUUCCACAAAUUUUGGCAUCAUAAGAAGUGCGCUAAUCAGAUCCGAGACAAAUAUCAAAAUGUUUCUUGAGACAGAUAUCAAGAAAUCAUGCACCAUCAUCUUCUUCGACUAUUACUCACCAAAAGAUCCACAACUAGUCAUGGAUCUUAUUGAGUCCCUUUCAGAUACUCUGGAGCAGUUGUUGUGGGGAUGGAGGCUAAAGGAUACUGUUAGACACCAACUAAAACUCUUAAAGAAUCUCAUUGGCUUGGCAACAAUGCAAGAUUUUGAGUGUACGCAACUGGCAAAUCUCUUAACUCACACGGCAGUUGUGGUUGGGCGCCUGAUUUCUGUAUGUUGGUUUGGCAAACAUGACGCACAAGAGCUCGAUCAAAUUAAUCUUCUUGAUCUUCAAGUCCGAGAAACUUGUAUUCAUGUCCUGACAGCUUCAAAGAAACAACCAAGAUCAUUAUAUGCUUUAGCCCUUGAGGAGAAUGCGAAUCUAGUGGUUGUCCAAUUUAUUAGUUCUCUCCAUGAUUAUCUCAACGAUCUACUAGAAUCUUAUGCCAGUAUUAAGGCUCGAGUGAAGGAUCAAAUACUAAAGCUCUAUCGGGGAAUGAAAUACCUAAGUAUCCUUCUUAAACAGGAGCAGAAACUACGUGAUGAAACAAAGGAUCUUAUUGGAGUUGUAGUCUGUGAUGCAGGAAUUGUGAUCUUCUCUCUUUCUAUCAAUGAAAUCGAAGAAUGCUUUCUCGAGGAAAUAGAUCUUGGGCUUUUUCAUUUGCACAAAGUUCUCAAGUAUUUGGAGGUAGAGGUUGCACACAAUUGUCGACUAACAUCACCAUAUCUAUCAUUUAAUUAUCCUAGAUCCAAUGAGUUGGUCUGUAUGGAUUUUUUCCUAGAAAAUCUCAAGGAGCUAGGAAGCAGUGAUGAGGCUAAUGAUUCAAUUGUUUUCUUAUUGGAUAGAAUCCAAAUGGUCCAGGAAGAUCUCAAAUUCUUAAGAUCUUUCCUAGAGAAUAUCAAGGAUCAGCGCUAUCACGAUGGAAAACUUCAAGCUUUCUGGAGUCAUGUUAUGGAGGCUGCAUACAAGGCAGAGUUAUCGAUUGACUCGACACUAGUUGGUGAUAAAUGUGAAGAUUCUUUGAAUGCUGUUGCUAGAGAUAUCAAUCUUUUGAAGAUUGAGGCCCUGGAGAUCCAGAAUGGUCAAAUCCAAAGAGUUAACAAGACUUUCACUGUCAUACCGUCACAACUUAUUGCCACCAUACACCAUGAAGAUCUGGUGGGUCUCGAUGACAAGGUGAAAUCUAUCAUUAAUCGACUUAGGAGUGGAUCAAAGCAGUUGAAUUUUGUUCCCAUUGUAGGUAUGCCUGGGCUUGGCAAGACCACAUUAGCCAAUAAAGUUUAUAUUGCUGAUUCAGUUAGGUCACAUUUUCAUGUGCGUGGCUGGUGUUGUGUCUCUCAAAUGUAUAGCAUGCAGAGUUUGUUAGUUCAGCUUUUGUGUAGUAUUUCUUCUGAGAGUCCUGAUGAGUAUCUUAAGAAGGAUGAAAAUGAUUUGGCCAAGGAGCUAAAGCAAGUUUUGCUGAGAAAUAGGUAUCUCCUUGUUUUGGACGACUUGUGGGAUGUUCAGGCAUGGAAUUUGUUGGAAAAAUCAUUGCCGAAUGAUGCCAACGGAAGCAAGAUUCUCUUCACUAGCAGAUUUCAGAAUUUGUCUUCACAAUUCAAACCUGAUAGCAACCCUUACCAUCUCCGCCCACUUGCUGAUGAAGAGAGUUGGACAUUGCUGCAAAAAAAGGUAUUUGACAAAGAAGGUUGUCCUCCAACACUAAGUGAAGUUGGAUUUCAAAUAGCGAAAACUUGUAGGGGCUUACCCCUCACAGUUGUCCUUGUUGCUGGAAUUCUUUCUACUACUGCACAAGAUAGAUGGGAAGAAGUUGCAAAAUGUCUAAGCUUUAUCGUCCUUGACAAUAAAGACUGCAAGAAGACGCUUGAGCUGAGUUACAGUCAUUUACCAGAUUACUUGAAACCAUGCCUUCUAUACUUUGCUGCAUUUCAAGAAGAUGAGGUUAUUAACGUGCGAAGGUUGUUAUGGCUUUGGAUCUCUGAAGGAUUGGUGCAACAAACUAAAGGAAAGAGUUUAGAGGAAUCAGCUUAUGACUACUUGAUGGCUCUAAUUAGUAGAAGUUUAGUAUUGGUUACCAAACAAAGAACUAUGGGUGGUGCCAAAACCUGCCAACUUCAUGAUUUGGUGCAUGAGUAUUGUGUGGAAAAAGCCAAAGAAGAAGGUUUUCUAUGUGUUAUUCAUAGUUGGAAAGACCCUUUCGGUCUUGCUGGACCAAGCAAUCACCACCGAGUUCAUGCACACAAUACCGGGGAAUUAAAGAUUUGGGAGAUAAUGCUAAUUUUUCCCAAUUUACGCAGUUUGCUCUUGUCUGGACCUAAUGGUGAUGAUUAUCUAACUGAAAAGGAGGAGUUGGGGAUUUUGUUACCUAAACUUCUUAGAGUGCUGGAUUUGGGGAGAUAUAAUUAUGUAUCAAUGGAAGUAGUAUCGCUUGUUCACUUGAGAUACUUGGUUCUCCAUGGAAUAAGAUCCAUCCCAUCUGCUAUAGACAACCUGUCAAGGUUAGAAACACUUAUCGUGAAAGACCCGUGUCAUCAAAUUGAGCUGCCAAAUACUAUUUGGAACCUUAAGAGAUUGAGUUAUCUACAUACUACAAGCUGGCCUGGUUUUCUUUUUCCAGCUAAAAAUCUUGAAGUAUCCCCAAAUUUAGAUCAUUUAGACACUUUAAACCUUUCAAUUGAUCCAUCCUCCCAAAGCUUGCAAAAGAUACUAGCAAAGUUACCAAGCAUCCGUAGGCUAAAAUGUAUUGGACCCAACCCGGACUCUAUAAUAACUUUUGGAGCUAGAAGUUGCGAAAAGAUUCUUGAGUUUGAUAAUAUGAGACAACUAGAAUCACUUCAUUUGAUUAAAUUACCGGGAUAUGGAUUUAAAUUCCCAUCGAAUUUGAAGAAGUUGGCUUUCAUAUUUAAUUUUCAGCCAUGGAGUGAAAUUUCAAGAAUUGGAAAGUUGCCCAACCUUGAAGUGCUUAAGUUAUGGACUCAAACCUUUGUCGGGGAAGAAUGGGUAAUGAAAGAAGGAGAGUUCCCUAAACUCCGAGUCUUGGAAUUGUCAAUGUUGGGCAUUCGCAUAUGGACUGCAUCUUCCGAUAAUUUUUGCCAUCUUGAGAAAUUGGUUGUGCACAAUUGUUGGAAGUUGGAAGAGGUCCCUUCUUGUUUAGGGGAAUGUCUAACUCUUGAAAUGAUUCAGGUGGAAGAGUGUCACGAGUCUGUUGCAAAUUCAGUAAAGCAAAUUCAGAAAGAACAGUUGGAUAGUGGAAAUGAGGUUCUAAAGAUCAUAAUUGAAAAGUGUUAUGAUACAAAUUGCUCAGAAGAAGAGUCAAAUUGCUUAGAAGCAGAGGAGAUUUCCUCAGAAAGAGAGUCUAUUUCCUCUCAUCACACUUGA